AGUCAUCCAAUGAUGUUUAUACAACGCACUAACUAGAUGAUUUUAAAAUGUACUUUUGCACAUCCCUGGUUUGUAGCAUGUUGUUUGAGAUUUACAUGCAUACAUGUACCUGUUACAGUGUCAAAUGAUUCAGCUAUAGAUAUGAGAGAUCCAGUGAGUGGUUUUGGCUCUGAGCGGACUGCCAAUGCUUGCCUUUUUCAUGUCUCAUACAAAAUGAAUUACAUGUGAAAUGCAUUCCUUUAAAUGUAUAGGCUCUAUGAAGCUCCGUGGAUGACAUUGACUUGUUUUGUUUUAGGUGUUUGUGAAUGAUCAUUAACAUUGCAUUAGCAUGUGAAUUUAAUGCACAUCAGUAUGUCAGCAUCUCUUGACAGCUGCCCUAAAGCUGGUGUCCCUGAUGGAUGCACCUCCAUCUUUCCUUCCCCACCCCUGUCCAUCAUCUCCAUACAUGCAUGAAUAACACCAGUGCCAAAAGUCUCUGCCUCGUGCCUGCCACCAAGGCUCCAUAAUGAGCGUGUUUGCGUGGAGAUGUACAGCCUCAUUACUGUGCUUUUUCCUACCCCUGAAAAGAUCUGAUCCCACAAUGCAAUGUUCCUUCGGGAGCUUAAAUCAGCAUAACAAAGGCCCCGACCUUGUUAUAUCAGGGGUGGAGAUGUUUCCAAAGCCCCUCUCCGUGUUGAGUGCUAUGUCAGCUUGUGGAGGUAUUAAGGUGUGUGGGAGCCGGUUAAGUCUCCUGGUGCAUGUUGGGAAGGUGUUUUAUCUGACAGGUAUUGUUAUGAUAACUGGAAAUGUGCAUGUGCCACAGCGUUGUUGUUACCAGGUGACAGGUACAUGCAGGAGGGUCCCAGCGGGACAGGAGAGGUUGUCUUUUGAGACAUUCCACAAAAAAAGUAAAACUGUAUGUCUCUCAAUGUGUGCUCAACCUGUGAUAUUAGAGAUGUGGAUCAAAAGCUUUAAAAAAAUAUCACGUCCAGCGAUUGUGUAUUACAGGACCAAUGAUUUAAAAAAAAAAAAAAAAAAAUCAGCCCCAGAGAUUUUUUUAAAGAUUUAUUUUUUUGCAUUUUUGCCUUUAUUAUGACAGGACUGUAAGUUGAUAGGAGCCGGGACUUGAACUUGGGACGCCCGAAGCACAACUGCACUAUAUGUCGCCGUGCUGCCCACGAGGCUAUUGGCAACGACGGCCCCAGAGAUUUUAUAAAACAGUAACAAAUAAAACAUUAAAAUGGCACCCAACAAUUUUAUAUCAGGGAAGUAGACCAAGAAUUAAAAAGUUUAAGUUGGGCUAAGUGAUUUUAAAAUAGUGAUGUAGACCAAUAAUUCAAAAAAACCUAACUGGUCUAACCAUUUUUUAAUUAGAGACGUAGACCAAAAAUUAAAAAAUUUAAAUCCCAGCUAGCAGUUUUACAUUAAGGGCAUAAAAUAAAAAAAAUAAAAAAUAAAAAAAAUAAAAUAAAAUAAAAAGCAAAAUAAAAUAAAAUAAAAAGCAAAAUAAAAUAAAAUAAAAAAGCAAAAUUAAAAAAAAAUAAUUAAGUACAAUUAUUUUAAAUUAGGGACCAACAAUUAAAAAAUUAAAAAGGGCCAAGCAAUUUUAUAUUAGAGAUGUAGACCAUCAUUUAAAAAAUUAAAAUCACAGCCAGCGAUUUUAUAUUAAAGAUGAAGACCAACAAUUAAAAAAAUUAAAUUGAGCAACAAUAUAAAAAUUAGUUAGGCCCAAGAAUUUAUAUUAGUUGUGUAGACCAAUUAAAAAAAAAUUCAAAUCAGGCCCAGCAAUUUUAUAUUAAAGACAUAAACCAACAAUUUAAACAUUUUAAUUGGGCACAGCAAUUUUAUAAAAGAUAUGUAGACCAACAAUUAAAAACUUUAAAUCACUGCCGGUGAUUUUAGAUUAAAGACGCCGACCAGUAAUUAAAACAUUUCUUGAAUUAAGAGGUAUUUCCUCCCUCCCAGCAUAAUUAAGUCUUCAGCUUGCCUAUUCACAUAAUCUUUUGUUAGUUCUUAAUGAAUCCGAUUGUGUCAUUAGGGAUGCUCCACGCUCGUGCUGAUUGGUCCAGCCUCACAAACAGAAUCUGUUACUAUAGCAACCACUGUGCCAACUGGGUCUCUGGCUCCCUGAACCAUACUACAGUCCAGAUCAAACGUAAACAAAAACAAAUCAAGGGAGGAUGGGUACAGAAGUGCCUAUUGCAUGAUUAAUUUCCAAUAAAAAAAAAAUCAUCUUUUGAUACAUCACAUGAAAAUGAACGUAUGAAUCUCUGAAUCUCAUAGGAAACGUGAGAUGAGAUGUAUGUGUGUGUGUGUGUGUGUGUGUUUGAAAUGCACAUUACAUCACACACUCCGUGAUGUCUGCCGCCCCGCUGAGGCUAAGCUUGAAUGAGUCGAGCACUUCUGCGAGUGUUUGAGAGGAAAGAGGUGUGUGUGUGAGACCGAAGCUUAGUUUGGUGCGCACAAGAGACCCACACACAACACAGCGACUUCAUGGCUUGUCAUCGCUACCACUACAUUGUGGAAGGUGAGGCUCCGGGUGGUGAGGCGGGCCCCUCUCUAGAGAACAGUGGUGGUUACUUACGAGGGCCGGUGAGCCGCAGUGCCAUCAUCAGUGGCGAGCACUUCGACGGCCCUCCACUUUACGCUCACGAGGUACGGCAGCGCCCGCGGCGACCCAAACUCCAGCAUUCCCAGUCCAUCCUACGCAAGCAGGCAGAGGAGGAGGCCAUCAAACGCUCCCGAUCACUGUCUGAGAGCUAUGAACUCUCCACCGACCUCCAAGACAAACAGGUGGAGAUGCUGGAGCGCAAGUAUGGAGGGCGUUUUAUAACCCGACAUGCUGCACGCACGAUCCAGACUGCCUUCCGCCAAUAUCAGAUGAAUAAGAACUUUGAGCGCCUCAGGAGUUCUAUGUCGGAGAACCGCAUGUCCAGACGCAUAGUUUUGUCCAAUAUGAGAAUGCAGUUUUCGUUUGAAGGACCUGAAAAAGUCCAUAGUUCCUAUUUUGAGGGGAAGCAGGUGUCUCUUACUGACGAUGGUUCUAAACUAGGAGCCUUGGUACAAUCGGAGCGAGGGGAAAUGGUCCCCGCCAACAUGAAGUCUCCUGCGGUCCAGAGCGAUUUCACAGACGCCAUUACAGAGUUGGAGGACGUUUUCUCUCGACAAGUGAAGUCGUUGGCAGAGUCGAUAGAUGAUGCUCUGAACUGUCGCAGCCUACAUGGAGACGAGGGACAGCCAGAGUCAACCAGAGUUCAUCCAGACAUAGAGCAAGAGGUUGCCUACCAGGUCAAGCCUUCCCACAGCAGUGACCACCGGAAACGAGAUGAGAUGACAGCGUCCUACAGUGAUGUGACACUUUAUAUAGAUGAGGAAGAGCUCUCCCCUCCUCUUCCUUUAUCACAAUCAGUUGAAAGACCCUCUAGCACAGAGUCAGAUCUUCGUCUACGUUCUUUGAACUCACAGGACUACUGGUCUCUAGCUCAUAAAGAUGAAAAGGGCGACACGGACACUAGCUGCCGCAGCACCCCGUCUCUGGAGUGUCAAGAGCAGAGAUUGAGAAUAGACCACCUUCCCCUGCUCACUAUCGAACCUCCCAGCGAUAGCUCAGUUGAGCUGAGUGACCGCUCUGACCGAAGCUCACUCAAAAGACAGAACGCUUACGAUCGGGGCAUCGCCAGCCAGCAGGGCAGCCCAAAACACAUCCCCUCUCAUGCGCUCCCUCCACGGGGACCGGCGAGAGAUGAUGACGCUCCUCGGCAUCGGCCCCUGCAGCUGGAAAGCCACCUGGCAAUCAAUGGCACCGCCAACCGGCAGAGCAAAUCCGAGUCCGACUUCUCUGACGGGGAUAAUGACAGCAUCAACAGCACUUCCAAUUCCAAUGAUACCAUCAACUGCAGUUCGGAGUCCUCAUCCAGGGAUAGUCUUCGAGAGCAGACCCUCAGCAAGCAGACGUAUCAUAAGGAAACACGCAACAGUUGGGACUCACCUGCGUUCAGCAAUGAUAUCAUCCGCAAGAGGCACUAUCGCAUCGGCCUGAACCUUUUCAACAAGAAACCUGAAAAGGGCAUCCAAUACCUGAUUGAGCGAGGAUUUGUCCCAGACACACCUGUGGGAGUUGCCCAUUUCCUGUUACAGAGAAAAGGGCUGAGUCGACAGAUGAUUGGCGAGUUCCUGGGCAACAGGCAGAAACAGUUCAACAGAGAUGUUCUUGACUGUGUGGUAGAUGAGAUGGAUUUCUCUGGAAUGGAGCUGGAUGAAGCCUUGAGAAAAUUCCAGGCGCAUAUCCGGGUGCAGGGAGAAGCACAGAAGGUGGAGCGACUCAUUGAAGCCUUCAGUCAGCGCUACUGCAUCUGCAACCCGGGGGUGGUGCGUCAGUUUAGGAACCCAGAUACCAUCUUCAUCCUGGCGUUUGCCAUUAUACUCCUCAACACGGACAUGUACAGCCCAAACGUGAAGCCAGAGAGGAAAAUGAAACUGGAGGACUUUGUAAAGAACCUUCGCGGAGUGGACGACGGAGAGGACAUCCCUCGAGAGAUGUUGGUGGGCAUCUAUGAGCGAAUCCGGAAACGAGAGCUUAAGACAAAUGAAGACCACGUGUCCCAGGUGCAGAAGGUGGAGAAACUCAUUGUUGGCAAGAAGCCGAUUGGGUCUCUGCACCAUGGCCUUGGAUGUGUGCUGUCCCUACCACAUCGCAGACUGGUAUGUUACUGCAGGCUCUUCGAAGUGCCGGACCCUAACAAACCUCAGAAGUUGGGUCUCCACCAGAGAGAGAUCUUCCUGUUCAAUGACCUUUUGGUGGUCACUAAGAUUUUCCAGAAGAAGAAGAAUUCGGUGACGUACAGCUUCAGGCAGUCCUUCUCUCUAUACGGGAUGCAGGUGCUUCUGUUUGAAAACCAGUAUUACCCCAAUGGAGUGCGUCUCACUUCAGCUCUUCCAGGCGCAGACAUCAAGGUUCUCAUCAACUUCAAUGCCCCUAACCCCCAAGACCGCAAGAAGUUCACAGAUGACCUGCGGGAGUCCAUCGCAGAGGUGCAGGAGAUGGAGAAGUACAGAAUAGAGUCUGAACUGGAGAAGCAAAAAGGUGUGGUGCGUCCCAGCAUUUCCCAGAGCUCAGGGCUGAAGAAAGAGACAGGAAAUGGCAAUCUGAGUCGCACCAGUCUAGAUGACAGUUACGCCAUAGGUGAAGGCCUCAAGAGAAGUGCCCUCAGCAGCUCCUUACGUGACCUUUCAGAUGCAGGCAAGCGGGGGCGCCGCAGCAGUGCAGGAUCUCUAGACAGCAAUAUGGAAGGGUCCAUCAUUAGCAGCCCCCACAUACGGCGCCGAACCCCUUCCAGCCGCGACUGCCCCUCCCGCCAGCAGUCCAUCCCCAACUCCUCCUCUCUCCUUGGCUCCCUAUUCGGCACCAAGCGGGGCAAGUCGCCCUCUCUGCCUCCCCAGUCGUCCCACCCCGCCCACCCGACACUCAUCUCUCACACCCCGCACCCUACCAACCUGCACCACACGGCCCGCGAUGGCGUCACCAUCACUGAGACCCAAGCCCAGAUGCACCCCCACCACACCCAGUUUUGCCACAUGCAGAAUCCCCCUCCGUACCACCACCACCAUCACUACCACCCCCCAGCGCACAUUCAACACCCGCCCCACCAGUACCACCCCCCACCCGGCCCCUCUUCCUCUCACAGCCACUCGCACGGUCCCCACGGCCACGGGCCGCACCCGUCCCACUCCCAGCAUGCACCACACCACCACAGCCAGCCUCCGGCUCCUCCUCCGGCGGCCAGCAGCACCAAGCCCAAACACAGCGGCAUCAGCACUGUGGUUUGAGCCCCUCCAUAAACUCUUUCCUCUUGGGAAUGGGACCAUUUUUGGCGGGGUGACCGUUGGGCCUCUGUUUAGAUUGUAACGUGUGACGGAUUGUUGCUGCCUACCAGGACAUGAACAAAAGGGCACCUUGACUCACGUUUCAACUCAUCCCGUUUCCUCUGAGAAAAGGAAGCCACAAUGUGUAGCACCGGCCUUCUGGGGCGGCUAGAACUCAAAUCAUCAGUUCUUACCAGUCAUUGCUCAAGCUGUAGAGCCCCAGACAAAGCUGCUGCUGCUGCUCCAUUUUAGAGACUUUCAACCCUCUCGACUUUGGCGGUGAAGCAAAAGCAUGCGCAAAAGACCGUGGCAACUGUUUUCUUGUACUUAAUUACCUAAAUGCAUUAACAAAUAGCCUGCUUAUUAGUUUGCAGAAACUAUGUUUUUGCUAGAAGAACGGUUUGAGAGAUCGGUCUGUCGAAGUCAGUCACAACGAGUGGUGUUCCAGUAUUUAAUGUAGCUGUAGACCACACAUUUCUGUGAUAUAGUUAGGGGACUAUAACGUGCCAAUUAUUAAAAAGCAGUGACUGAGUUAUUCAGAAAAAAGAAAAGAAAAAAGAUUUGCUUUGUGUAUGUCGUGCAUAUAGUAUUUUGUAAAAUAAUAAUAAUAAUAAUAAUAUUAGCAACUAUUGUUAUUAUUGGUAUAGAACAAAGACGAUCCGAAGCCUCAGAUAAAAUCUCAGUAUUCUCUGUGUACUCACGACGUAGGAGUUACUAGUUUUCACUGAUACUCAGUAGGUGGCCAAUUGAACAACGUGGAAAUUAUUGGUUGCCUUGGAGUUGGAAGAUUCUCCCGGAAUCUCCGGCUUGUGUUCGUUCCACCUCCUUUGGGAUCUACGUAGCGCUAACCAAUCACAGGGAUUGUGGGAAGGGGGGGAGGGCGGAACACUGAUGGAUCCUCCACGGCCUCGACUCGUCGGUCCCGGCCACUGCUGCAACAUGGUUUUAUUUUUUUAACUAUUUUUUUAGAGAUGAAUAAAACAAUAUGAAACAAAUGUACAUUUGAAGAUGUUUAUGGUAAAGCCGGUGCGAUGAAAAGGCUAUUUUGACGUCUAACAUUAGUGGUAGUGUCGGAGGAAAGCAGGCUGCACUUCAAAGCUGAUCGAAUUCUCUCCCCAUAUUUCAAAGCUUAGUUUGUGCAGAGACGUAGAUUUUUCUCAGCAGGCUGAGCGUGUGCCCUCUUCUGUGUGGAAAUGAAGUAGAUUUGAUACAUAUUCUUCUGUCCUCCUGUGAGAAUGCCUUUCACUUGCUCAGAAACACAGCUAAUGUAAUGUAAUCUAAUGUAAUGUAAACUGCAUAUAAUAUGUAGCAGUGGGUCGGAUGGAUGUGUUCUCACUCGGAACGGAUUUGGACAUGUUUUUUUCACACAUAUCCCCUCUCUUGGUUCAAUUUUUGACUUGUUUUAUACUGUAAGUAGAUAAAUGGUGACAGAGCUGUGAUCGAUGUAUUCGUUUUGUGUGUCGACGCUCUUUUAACUCAAGCACAGAGCUUCUGAACAGCACUUGUCUUUGUAAAUACUCACUUAAUGUACAGAAAUCACAGCUGAAAUGAGCUCAGUCUCUUAUACGAGACCAAUGUCAGCAUUUACGACAUUUGCUGUGCAUUGUUUCUCUUUUUUUCUGAUUUUGUUUGUUUGUUUUUUUUAAACUAAUCAUGUGCAAUAUGUAUGUUUCGGUUUUGUAAAUUCAGAAUUUCAACCAAUUGGUUGGUUGGUUGGUUUGUUUUUGUUAUAUCAUAUUUCUAACAACAUAUACAUCUGUCCCCAUAUUGUUUCUCGCCCACAUCGACAACUUGUUCUCCCUGGUCUCUGUUUUACCUGCAACAUACUGUCAGGAAUGUCAACUAAAGUACUCUUGCAUGUAUAUUGUACAAAAUAUUCUCUAGAUAUUGCAUAUUUCCAGAGAUAUUAUCAGUGUUACAGUUGACCGUUGUAAAAUGAGUGAUGAUGAUGAUGAACAUAUUAAAAUCUGUAGACUUCUCUUCAUUCAAAAUGUCUUUAUCCUGUUUCGUACCAAAAUAGAAUCAAUUAGAAGACAUCCGUUUGUUAUCUGGGCUUAAAAAUCAAACACUGAUCAUCCAAUAUUUUAUGAACGAAAAUAUUAGCCGGUAGCAUAAUCGUAAUGAAGUGCCGCAAGGGCACGUCCGUGUAGUGAUAAAAGCUUACGGAUAAUAGAGCAUAAAUCCGUGUCUAUGUCAUUAUCAGACUUCAUAACACCUGGCUUGUUCCCAAGAUGCACCGAGGCCAGUAAUUUGUACAAUAAAACAUUAAUCAGACCGUCUCUGUGUAUGAAUGCAAUCACCCGAAGCCAUUUCUGACCAUAAAUUCAGAGAACUGUCCAAAAAGAGUCUUUUUAUAUGUUUUUUUUUUUUUUAGGUUUUUUCACCUUUGAGUUGAAUGUUUUUAUGGAUUUCAGUGCAGUGUAUUUGUAAUGUAUUGUGGUGCUUCAGCUUUGUACUGUAUAGUACUGGACGGUCAAGUCAAAACGUCACAAAGCUUUGCAUGCAGCUGAUGCCUAGCACCUCUGGUUGAAAUGUGAGCUUAUUUAAAAAUGAAGAAAUGUGCUUUCUUUUUAUUAUGCUCUUUCUCAUCUUUUGUUUGUUCGAUUGGUUGGUUUUAUUGUUUGUUUCUGUUUUGUUUGUGAUGUUGGCUUGCUGUUACUUUUUAUUCUGUGCCACUUCUCGGCAUGUGUAUCACUUGUUUACUCCCUAAAAAGAUCAUUACACUUCUGUUUUUUUUUUUUUUUUUUUCUAUAAAAAGCCUGUGUCGCUGUAUAUAUAUCACAAACCAAUGUGAGAAAUUAGAAAAAAAAAGCAUAUCAUAUAGAAAUCUAAUAUGGAUGAUAAAGGGAAAGUGUAAGUGUAGGGGGUUUCUGAAUGGCCGUGUACAUAGUCUGUAUUAUACUUUUUUGUUUUUCGCUCAACCAUCGCUUUGACGGUGUAGUUCUUUUCCACCUUGAAGAGACUCAUAUUAACAUGACACUGCUUCUGCUACCAAAUGUACUUAUUGAAUUUGUCAUAGGAUCUUCUUUAAUAAGCCGACUGUUACAUGACUCUCACCGCCUUUCAUGUGCGUCCACUCAAACAUGCAUUUCUUUCUUCUUCUUUUUUUUUUUUUUUUUUUUUACUUCCAAAUGAGGAGAGGAGAACUAUGGUUUUAAUAUGCAUUCUGUUUCUAAGUAGAUGACGAGACCCUAUUGAUGUUUAACUAUAACUGUGACCAUGUUGAGAACAUGAAAUAAAACAAUAUACCAUGAA